UCUUGCAGAGACUCAGCCAGCUGAGGGAGGCAUAAGGCGCAGGCGCUCUGGAGCCGAGGGCAGGCAGGCUGAUCAGCUGGGAAGCGUGCAUUAAGCUAAACGACCCGCUGGGAGGAGGCAGGAUGAGUCCAACAAGCUGAGAGCUGCUGCUUGGGGAGCUCCAUAUCCGGCUAGAGCAAAGAAAAACAGGAUGAAGCUGCCGCGGGUGCUACCUCAAUGUUGUCUGCGCCUUGUUGAUUAGUCCAGGGGAGCAACGGCACGGAGAGAGCCCCAGCACAGCGGCAGCUGAAAAAGCAGAAGCUGCCACAAGGCAGAUCCAACGCAGUCAUGAGCACCCUCUACUUGUGGGAUCAGCUGCGAGCCGGCAGCUCCGAGGUAGACUGGUGCGAAGAUAACUACACUAUCGUGCCCUCGAUAGCUGAGUUCUACAACACGAUAAGCAACAUCUUAUUUUUUGUUUUACCACCCAUAUGUAUGUGCUUAUUUCGUCAAUAUGCAACCUGCUUCAACAGUGGAAUAUACUUAAUAUGGACUCUGCUAGUUGUUGUUGGAAUUGGAUCUGUGUAUUUCCAUGCUACACUCAGUUUCCUGGGUCAGAUGCUAGAUGAGCUGGCUAUUCUUUGGGUCCUGAUGUGUGCUCUGGCCAUGUGGUAUCCCAGAAGAUACCUCCCAAAAGUUUUUCGAAAUGACAGGGCAAGGUUUAAAGCUGCAGUCGGUGUCCUUUCUGGAGUUACUACAUGCCUUGCAUUUAUUAAGCCUGCUAUCAACAACAUCUCAUUAAUGACACUAGGUGUCCCCUGUACGGCUCUGCUUAUUGCUGAAUUGAAGAGGUAGGUGUCUUUCUUCUGUAUGUGAAGCAGCCUUUAUUGAUGAUUGUUUUCUGAGGGUUUCAUUCUAGAUACAAAUACAGUAAAUUCUCACUUAAAGUCAUCCCAGUUAACAUUGUUUCAUUGUUA